GAAUAUAUAAUCUUCCAUUAUCCUUUUCACCUUUCAAAUUCGCUAUCUUUAAUUUUUUUUUCUCUUCUUUCCAAAACCUAAAAGCUCCCUUUAUAUUUUACCCCAAUUUCCCUAAAACUCACAGGCACUUGUUAAAGACUGAAACGAUGUCCCGUGUGUAUGUUGGUAAUCUGGAUUCAAGGGUCACAGAGAGGGACCUUGAAGAUGAAUUCCGUGUUUUCGGAGUUAUUCGGAGUGUUUGGGUUGCAAGGAGGCCGCCUGGUUAUGCUUUUAUUGACUUUGAUGACAGUAGAGAUGCGCGUGAUGCUAUUCGUGAAUUGGAUGGCAAGAAUGGUUGGAGGGUAGAGCUUUCUCACAACUCAAGAGGUGGAGGUGGUGGCCGUGGAGGUGGCCGUGGUCGCUCUGGUGGUUCUGAUUUGAAAUGCUACGAGUGUGGUGAACCUGGUCAUUUUGCUCGUGAGUGUCGCUUGCGUGGUGGUUCAGGAAGACGUCGUAGCCGCAGCCCACCUCGAUUUCGUAGGAGCCCAAGUUAUGGUCGGAGAAGUUACAGUCCCCGUGGACGGUCCCCUAGGCGCCGCAGUUUGUCACCUCGUGGACGGAGCUACAGCAGGUCACCUCCUUACCGUGGACGUGAGGAGUUACCAUAUGCCAAUGGAAAUGGCAUUAGGGAACGUCGCCGAAGCAGAAGUUGAAAUUUAAAUGUUGGUAGCUGCAGUUAUUAAGAGGAUAAUGAAAUUAUGUUAAUCAAUGGUGCUUGGACUGCACCAUAAGUAUGUUUUGUUGGGCAAUGCCCUGAGACUCCACAGUUCUACUCUUGGAUUGGAUUAGUUACUUGAAUUCUCGGCUUGUGUUGCUUUUAUCUAUGAAGAAAAUUUUUAGUUCCA